AUGGGUUGUACCAGCUCCAAGCUGGACGAUCUUCCGGCGGUCGCCCUCUGCCGCGAACGCUGCACCUUCCUCGACGAAGCCAUCCACCAACGCUACUCCCUCGCCGCAUCUCACCUCGCUUACAUCAAUUCCUUAACCGCAAUUGGCCACUCUUUGAACGCUUUUAUCCAACACGAUAGGGCUUUAUCCUCCUCCUCCGCCGCCGCCGCCGCCGCCUCACCGCCUCCUAAAAACCACCACACCGCUACCAAACACUCUUCUCCUUCCCCACCUCACUCUGAUUCCGGUUCUCAUCUUCAUUUCCACUCUGAUUCCGACGACGAUGACGGAGAUCAACAACACGAUGAUUUUUCUCAUUCUCCUUCUCCUUUACAUCUUCCUCACAAAAACAACGGUAAUUACUACAACGAUUCACCACAACAGCAUCAAUAUCAUAACAAUCUUCGUAUGAAUUUCAUGAAGAACAAGCCUCCUCCUGCUUCUUCAAUCGUCUAUGAACAAAGACCCAUGACCAACGAAACUGUUUAUGUCGGUGAAUCAUCUUCAUCCUUCUACAACCCUUAUCAACAACAACAACCAUAUCAGCAACCGUAUCAACAGCCAUAUCCAUAUAACAACAACUACAAUACUAACUCCUAUGGAUAUCCAAAUCCUCCUUCUUCUUCAUCCUUCUAUGGAUCUUCACCUCCUCCUCUGGCUCCUUCUUCCAAACCCGCUCCGGCUCCGCCGUCUCCUCCGAGAACUUCAACUUGGGAUUUUCUCAAUUUCUUUGACAGUGAGGAAAAGUACUAUCCUCAGACUAAUUACACGCCGUCCGCCACGCCUAGUCGCCCGAGCCGUGAUUCGAAGGAGGUGAGGGAGGAAGAAGGGAUCCCUGACUUGGAAGAUGAGGAUGAAGUUGUUAAGCAGGUUCAUGGAGAUCAGAAGCUUGUUGACCCUCCUAAUCUCUCUCAUGAUCACGGUGGUCAUCUUCAUGAUGAAGAGGAUGACUCUGAAGUGGAAUAUGAGGUUCAUGUGAUGGAUAAGAAAGUUGUUGAUGAUGAUGAUAAACCUAAGCCUAAACCUAAGCCUAAUUCCGCAUUUCGACCUGGUUCCAGGAAUCCCCUUGAAGUUGCCAAGGAAAUUCAGAUUCUUUUUCAGAGGGCUUCUGAUUCCGGUUCACAUAUCGCGGAUAUCCUUGAAGUUGGAAAGCUUCGUUAUCAUCACAAAGCUACUUCCAAGAUGUUACAUCUGGUUGCACCCUCGUUGUCUGUGGUGUCUUCUGCUUCAAAAAAUGCCCAAUCCACCGAUCCUAACAACACGGAUCUUGAUGUUGAACUCACUAUCAGAUCACGAAAUCUUUCCUCUACGCUCCACAAGCUAUAUCUCUGGGAGAAGAAACUCUAUAAUGAAGUUAAGGCAGAGGAAAAGAUGCGGGUUGUGCAUGAUAGAAAGUGUCGCAAACUGAAGCGAUUGGAUGAAAGGGGUGCCGAUUUUAAUAAAGUUGAUUUGACUCGAACUGUGAUUAGGGAUCUGUCCACAAAAAUAAGUAUGGCAAUCAAUGUUGUUGACAAGAUUUCUAUGACGAUAAAUAAGAUAAGGGAUGAAGAACUGUGGCCACAGCUGAAGGGAUUAAUCCAGGGGUUUAACAGAAUGUGGAAAUCCAUGCUUGAAUGCCAUCAUAAUCAGUGCGAAGCAAUUAGAGAAGCCAGAAUCCUGAGUUCCGUUGCAUCCAGAAUGAAAAGCGGUGAUAGUCAUCUUCAAGCUACCAAGCAGCUCGAACAAGAGCUUAUCAAUUGGACUUUCCAAUUUGCAGGCUGGAUAAGUGCCCAGAAAGGUUAUGUCAGAGCAUUGAAUAAUUGGCUGCUGAAAUGUCUCCUGUAUGAACCCGAAGAAACUUCUGAUGGCAUAGUCCCUUUCUCCCCUGGUAGGAUCGGUGCUCCCCAAAUAUUUGUAAUAUGUAAUCAGUGGUCUCAAGCUUUGGAUAGAAUAUCUGAAAGGGAAGUUGUUGAUACCAUGCAUGUAUUUACUAUGAGUGUCCUUCAUAUCUGGGAACAAGAUAAGCUAGAAUUGCAUCAACAGCUUGUACAGAACAAGGAUCUUGAGAGAAAAGUGAGAAAUAUAGACAGAGAUGACCAGAAGCUGCAAAAGCAAAUUCAGGCGUUAGAGCGGAAGUUAAUCAUGCCAUCCGGGGAAGGUAAAGGUCUCUCGGUUUCUGAGAAUAUCUUAUAUCAGAGUGACAAAAGCAGUAAUCUACAGGCUAGUUUGCAGCGGAUUUUCGAGGCAAUGGAGAGAUUUACUGACGAAUCUGUGAGAGCUUAUGAGGAGUUGCUGCAACGUAGUGAAGAAGUUAGUGCCCCUCGAAAUCAUGAAUGA